CUCUCUUAUUAUUGCUCUGACUCUACCUGACGCAGCAGAGGCAGUUAGUGAGGAAACCCUCCACAAGCAUCCUGCACCAUGGAGGCGGCCACAGCACCAAAGCCAUGGACAUUAUAUGCAUUAGGAGGACACGGUUCACUGUUUCCUAUUCUAAUGUUCAUUUUAAACCAAUGUUAUCGGAUAGGAGCAGAUGACGGCGGCAUGGAGGAACUUGCCACGGAGAAAGAGGCUGAGGAAAGUCACAGACAGGAUAGCGUCAAUUUACUUACAUUUAUUUUGCUUUUGACACUAACUAUCCUCACAAUAUGGCUCUUCAAACACAGAAGAGUGCGCUUCCUGCACGAAACAGGACUGGCUAUGAUAUACGGUCUGUUGGUGGGUGUUAUUUUGCGGUAUGGCAUCCCCUCCACCAGUUACCAUAAUAAAACUCCUCCGAGUUGCACCCUGCAGGAGGGUCCUGUCAGCACGGUGCUCCUCAACGUUAGCGGAAAGUUCUUUGAGUACACACUCAAGGGGGAGAUCAACCUUAAAGAAAUCCACAGUGUGGAGCAGAAUGACAUGUUGCGCAAGUUGACCUUUGACCCAGAGGUGUUCUUUAACAUUCUGCUACCUCCCAUCAUAUUCCACGCUGGAUACAGCCUCAAAAAGAGACAUUUCUUCAGAAACCUAGGAUCCAUCAUAACUUAUGCGUUCCUGGGCACGGCCAUUUCCUGUUUUGUCAUCGGAAACCUCAUGUAUGGCGUGGUGAAACUGAUGCAGGUUUUGGGUCAACUCACUGACAAGUUCUACUACACAGACUGCCUCUUCUUUGGUGCCAUAAUAUCUGCCACAGAUCCAGUCACAGUGCUUGCGAUCUUUAAUGAGCUUCAUGCUGAUGGUGAUCUCUAUGCACUGCUGUUUGGAGAGAGUGUCAUGAACGAUGCAGUCGCCAUAGUCCUUUCAUCGUCAAUUGUGGCGUAUCAGCCUUCAGGAGCCAACACACACACAUUUGAUGCGUCUGCCUUUUUCAAAUCGGUGGGCAUCUUCUUGGGCAUCUUCAGUGGCUCUUUCGCUAUGGGUGCCGUCAUUGGAGUAGUCACUGCCCUCGUGACAAAAUUCACCAAGCUGCACUGUUUCCCUCUGCUGGAGACAGCUCUGUUCUUUCUCAUGUCUUGGAGUACUUUUCUACUGGCUGAAGCUUGUGGAUUCACAGGUGUUGUCGCUGUGCUGUUUUGUGGAAUCACACAGGCCCAUUAUACCUACAACAAUCUCUCCGAGGAAUCAACCAAACGCACUAAACAGUUGUUUGAGGUGCUGCACUUCCUAGCAGAGAACUUCAUCUUCUCGUACAUGGGCCUGGCACUCUUCACCUUUCAGAAUCACGUCUUCAGCCCCAUUUUCAUAUUUGGAGCCUUUAUAGCCAUCUUUAUCGGCCGGGCCUUGAACAUCUAUCCUUUGUCUUUCCUGAUUAACCUGGGCCGAAGACACAAAAUCAGGGGAAACUUUCAGCACAUGAUGAUGUUUGCAGGGCUGCGAGGGGCAAUGGCAUUCGCUCUGGCUAUCCGUGACACCGCCACAUACGCGCGACAGAUGAUGUUCACCACGACCCUGCUCAUUGUGUUCUUCACAGUUUGGGUGUUUGGAGGAGGCACCACGCCAAUGCUGUCCUGGCUACAUAUCAGGGUUGGAGAGACAUCUGCUGCAGAGAAGGAGAGGCUGCGUAGACUGUGGAAUUACGUCAGAGUUGGAGUGGACCCUGAUCAAGAUCUUCAGCCAUGUGGGGACAGCUUCCAGGUCCUUCAGGGAGAUGGAACCCAGUCAGAAGGACAAAGCAAGACCAAGCAAGAGAGCGCCUGGCUUUUUAGACUUUGGUAUACUUUUGACCACAAUUACCUGAAGCCUAUCCUGACCCAUAGUGGUCCCCCUUUGACCUCCACUCUGCCGGCCUGCUGCGGUCCUCUGGCUCGAUGUCUGACCAGCCCCCAGGCCUAUGAGAACCACGAGCCGCUGCGAGACAAUGACUCAGACCUCAUCCUCAACGAAGGAGACCUGACGCUGACCUAUGGCGACACAGCCAUCACAGCCAACGGGGCCUCAUCCUCCUCUGGCCCCGAAGGAUCGGGCGGCAACUGGGGUGUGAACGGCAAACGCAGCGACAGCACGUCAGAGGACGCUCUAGAGCGAGAACUGGACACGCGUGAACAUGAGCUCUUGAGCCGCGGCACACGUCUCGUUUUCCCCAUGGAGGACCACGCUUGACCCCGCCUCCCAAACCUUAAACCACACCUCCCUGCACUCCAUACCUCCACUUUCCUUGCACAUUGAUCCAUCGGACCACCCAGGACCCCUCCAAAGAUCUUCUGCAGGGGGUCCGAACACUCAAGGGAAAAGAAAGAUUGAAAUCAGGAGGGUUUGUUCUCAGAGAAACGGAGGCGACAUAAUUGAUGCUGUGGCAGACUCCAAUUCCGUGCCUGCCCCUGAAAUGUGAUUGUAGAAGAAAAAAUGUAAAAAACUGCAUAUUGGACAUUAAUUGUCCUUAUUGCUGUGAUUUACAAUGAGGAUUGAUGCCAAACAAUCUCUACUGCCCUUAACAUUCACAUUCAUACAGUCUCUCACACACACUGCCCGCCACAUAUUAACAUUUUAGCUUAGUCAUUUUUGUUUUCUGUUAGCAAUGCUGCUACAAGCUGGGAAUAUGAUUGAUAAACAUGACUGAGCCAGUUUUUCUUGUAUGAACAGCCAGUAUUAUGUUAAUAUUUUGCAUUUAAAUGCUGCUCUUUCCCAUCAGGAAAAUAAGUGAGCAGCUCACAAAGUUUGUAAAUAUUCCAUGGCAGUGGUGUUCGUGAAAGCUCACAAACACAAUGGCAGCAUUGACUUGAGUGCAUGCUCAUCUCAUGACUGCAUACGGGAACCUCGUAAUAUUUAACUCUAGCGUGUUGGAGUUUACACUCCCUGCAAGAUCUUGGUUGUACGAAUGCCAAGUUGUCAAGCAGUGGGAUUUAUUUUUUAUUUUCUUAAAAAGCUGGAUGCAACAAGAGUGUAUGAGCCAUGCACUUUAGCUGCAGCCCUUGCAUGGCUUGCUUUAUUAUAUUCGCAUAUUAACCACUUGCACACUCUCAGCCAGAAUUUGUGAUGCAGAACGGUGUAAUUAUCAAGGAGUCUUCAUAUCUGCAUCAAACAUUUCUUUUGUGCCUCGUCACAUUAGAAUGUUCUUGAAGGUGGAUCUUUCCAUAUGUAUGAGUUGCUGCUAUAUAGCAAUCGGCGAUUCCUAAAUCAGGAAUCUGGAGUGUUCAGCAUGAUGUUGACCCGGCUGUUUAUCUAUUCAUGCAGUAAUCUAGUGGCCUUGUGCCAGUAACCGCCAAUGUGCAUUCCUUCCGUCCUCCGUGUCUAGAAAAGAAUGAUGUUAAUAAGUGCAAGUCAAAAGUCCAAGAGUUUAGUUAAUAACUAACUCAAAGAUGUUUGAAAUAAGUCAUCAUUCAUUCCUAUUUCUACUCAACACAAUAAACUCUUGCCAUUUAGAAACCUUUGUAAUGGUCUGGACUUGCGCCUGUCUGUUUGCUUGAGUUGUGUGAGGAAAUGCAUCACUUCAACGGAAUAUAGUUCAACAUCUGAUCAGAACAUUUAUGUGUUUUGGCUAGCGAAUGAGCCUCACGGGCUUCGUGGCAAUCGCGGUUUAAGGCGCAGAAACUUAAACCAGCUGUAGCAAAAGACUGAAUUCAAAUGUAAUCCGGCUAAGAAGUCACUCCUCCUCUGAAUGACUCUUUCAACCUGUCUGAACACAUACUAUGGUGGAUUAGUGUGUUCCUUCAGGAUAUGUAUCUACAUUCAUCUUUAACUUGCUGUUCUGCAUGUCAGUAUAUAAACAAACAACAAAAAUCCAUAAUCAAGCUGCCAUUUUUUUGUCUGUGAUGUAUGAAACACCAAAAUGCUCUGUUUUCCAAUUUAAAUCAGCCUGUUAAAUAAUGUGAAAAAACUGUGGUAUGGUUUGUAGUUUAUCUAUUGUAUGUUUAUAAAAAAAAUUGCCAAUGUAUCAAAGUGGGCUACAGUAGCAAUACCUAACUAAGGUAUUUGAUUUAUGUCAUUAAAGAAGAAGAAUAAAACAA